AUGAUUAUCUAUUGGCCAGGAAUUGACACCGAUAUUGAGGCAUGCAUCAAUGAUUGUCAGUUCUGUCAAGAUCAUCUUCCAAUGAACUCAAAGGAACCAUUGAUCCAAAAAUUGAAGCCAAGCAGGCCAUUCCAAGAGCUUGCUGCAGACUUUGCACACCUUAACGGUCAAAACUACUUAAUAUUAGUGUGCUGCCUCACUGAUUGGCCCACCGUUAUUGCAAUGGGCAAGGACACAACGUCCCAUGCAACUAUUUCAAAGCUAAGAGAAGUCUUCAUGAAUACUGGUGUACCCAACGUUUUCUGGUGUGAUGGAGGAUCACAAUUUACGUCAUCUUCUUUUAAGGAGUUUGCACGAAACUGGCAAAUAAAUAUCCAUUACAGUUCGCCGUAUCAUCAGCAAUCAAACGGAAAGGCGGAAGCAACAGUGAAAUCCAUGAAGAAGAUCAUAGAAUCAGUCUCACGAGAGAGACGUACACCUGAUAGCGACCUACUCGCUAAAGCACUGCUUCACUACAAAAACACCCCAUCUAGAAAGGAUGGACUUUCCCCGGCAGUGAAGUUAUUCGGUACACCGAUACAAGAUACUCUUCCUGCUUAUCAUCGAUCAUUUAAGCCUCAAUACUUAAAGACCAUCAACGACGCAGACAGAGAUCUUGCAAGGGGGAAAAGAUAUGAAAAGGAUUACUUCGACCUCCACACAAAGCAGUUAGCUGAAAUCAAAGUUGGAAACAACAUCAGCAUUUACAAUCACCACACUAAACGAUUUGACAUCUAUGGACAAGUGGUGGAAAUUGGUCCGAACAGAAGAUACCUCAUACGAACCCAAGGCGGUCGAAUUCUCGUACGUAAUCGACGGUAUAUUAGGAAGCGUACUCCCAGCUCCAUUGGAGUGCCUAAUGCCACGCCGACCCAUACUCCAAAGCGACCUGAAAGAGUCGCGCGAAAGCCAGCGAGAUAUAACGACUUUGUAUAG